CUUUUUUCUUCUUUUGUUUCCGUUUAGACACUCAGCCACAGCAGAUAAAAUCACACGCUCGAGUGCACAAACAUUCACAUAUGCAGUGAUCUGUUAUUUUUUAUUUUUCCUUAUAUAUAUAACUUGGAAUCAGAUUCAGAUUAUCUUGUGGGCUGUUUGGCUGCUGUUUUUAGUUAAUUUUGUGAAGUGGUUGAAUUUUAUAGCUGCAAUGAUUUAAGGUAAAUAUUGGGCCGAACUGAAUUGCUGGAUAGAAAAGCUACAUUUGAGUUUCCAUUUGAAAAAAAAAAGGUUGUCUCAAUUUUACCAAACAAGGGUUGUGAAGGAAUCUUGAGAGAGAAGGUAAUUAAAGGAGAAGGAGAAGGAGAGAGAAAAUUGUGGCUGGCUUAGGUGAAAAAGGAAAGAAUAAAAAGAAGAAAAAGGAAAGGGGAGUUUAACUGCAUAGUAGAAAUAGAAGAAGGGUAAAAGGGUAAAAGGAGAGAUGCUGACGUGUAUAACGUGCUCGAAGCAAACAAGGCAAGACGAGACAGAGGAAGCCGCGCGUGGGACCCCCAACACUAAAGACGCCGUCAAAAGCCUCACUACACAGAUCAAGGAUAUGGCAUUGAAAGUGUCGGGAGCUCACAAAGGCAAGCCAGAAGGAAUGUUUAAGAAAGCCCAAAGACCUUAUCCUGACUUUGAUUCGAUAUCAGAACGUGUUCCGUACACAUAUGUAAGCUCGAGUUCUACGCCUGCGUGGGAUUUUCCUACCACUGGGCAUCCUCGUGCUAUUCGGCCCGACCCAAGAUUUACGGCAUUUGGUGGUCUGGAGUCCAUCUCGGCCCAAUCUGGUGAGGUUGUGCUGGAAGACGAAGAUGGGCCCAAAGAGUGGAUGGCCCAAGUUGAGCCCGGUGUUCAGAUUACAUUCGUCUCUCUACCUCGUGGAGGGAAUGAUCUUAAACGAAUCCGUUUCAGCCGGGAGAUGUUCAACAAAUGGGAAGCUCAAAGAUGGUGGGGCGAAAAUUACGACCGAAUCAUGGAACUUUACAAUGUCCAGAGAUUCAAUCAGCAAGCUCCCAACACUCCCGGAAUAUCCGAGGAUGGCAGAGACUCAUCCUACUCGCGGCUGGGCUCGACAAGGGAAAGCCCCUGGAUGAGUACACCAACGCCAGUCAACAAUCACAAAGAGUGGGGCCCACGGUACAAGCCACCUGAAAAUGUUGGCGGGCAGAUGUCGUCUGUGGAAGCUUCUAGAACAACCACCUCAUCCAGAGACGAGGCUUCGGUUUCCAUAAGCAAUGCAAGUGAUGUAGAGUCCGAGUGGAUUGAAGAAGAUGAGCCGGGAGUUUAUAUUACCAUCAGGCAGCUUGCAGAUGGCACUAGGGAACUUCGCCGUGUCAGAUUCAGGUAA